UACUGCUUCACUAUCACAUAUAAGAUAGAAGGACAGCGGCAGUAUGAUCUACGCUGCGAUUCUGAAGCUGAAUGCAAUAUUUGGAUCGAUGCCAUCAAACGGGCCAGCUACAGCAAAGUUCUUGAGCAAAAGGAAGAACUUGAACAAAAGCAUCUUCAUUUACUGCAAAUCCUGGACAGUGAACGUCAGGCAAAAUGGCACUAUGUUCAGCAAACAGAAGAGCUGGCAUGCGAAGUGAAGAAACUCAAAGAAGAGCUUCAGAAGUUCAGAAAGGAAGUCUACGGAAACCACUGCAAAGUAGACGAAGAGACAGAUGACUUGAAGAAAAUAAAAAAG